AUGAGAGCAAAGGAUAAGGAUAGUCACAACGUGACACUGAGCGAAGAAAUGAGCGACGCUUCUCUCGUGAUGUUUGUAAGUCUUAGGCUUUUCAGGCAGUGGCUUCGGAAUUUCGUUUUUCGCACGACUCCAAGUCAACGUACGAAGUAAUCACCUUGAAAAGCUGGUGAUUCUUUACGAGGGUGACAUUAUGAUGCAAACUAAUAAAGCGACACAAAAAGCACGCACGUCGCAGUCAUAUUUCGAAAAAAAGCUAUUUUGGCAGUGAUCCCAAGACAUUUCUGCGAGUUUCUCGUUGCUGCUUGCGAGUUUCAAUCAUAAUGAACUCGUUUCCAAAAAAUUAGGAAAAAUGAAUGAGUAUUCUUCGAACAGCACGGGCCAGAAUAGACUUGGAGAGCGCGCCGCCGUCCGGACAUACAAAAAGACAGACAGGCAGACGCCUCUUGUGUUUUAUAUGCGGCAAUCGUGCAGGAUUUGGGACCGUUCCGUCAAAAACAUGAAACAUCAGAAAAAAACAGAAUAGAGCGCCUUUUGAACCUUUCUCUAGAAUAAUCGUUUUCUAAAGUAAGAUCAUUUUAGAAGCUUAGACAACUGCUCGCUUUUAGAAACAAAAUGCAAUCGCUCUAAACCGAAAAAACAGUUUUUUUAAGGGAGAACCGCCUAAAAAUGAGAAUAUUGCAGGCCUUUAUCCUAAAAAUAGUCCAUUCAGAUGUGGUACAUCACCCUCAACGUAUUACUUUUCAUCUCAGCCGCCCUAUAUCUUCGAAUCCGAAAGGACAUUGGCACAUUUUCGAAUUUGAGAUCGGUUGUCGAUAAUCAACCACAAAAAUACAUUUUUUAUCAGACCUUCACAAUUGUGCUCGUCAAAACGGUAACGGUUUUUUAGGUAAGGCCGGACAUUUCUUUUCAUUUUCAGUGUUGUUUUCUCUUCACGCCGGCUGCUGUUUAUCUCUUGAAUAGUUGGUAUAGUAUAAUUUCGUUCAUUGAACAGGUGUGUGUGUCAACAGAUUUCGUUCCAAUUUUUUUUUUCAAUUUUAGGCGGCAACGUUGUGCGCGCUGAUGGACAUUUUCUCGACGCCCGUCAUCGUCCAAAUAUCGUACUUGACCUGCAAUAAACGGAACGUGGACGCGAUCUUUCGGAUUCUGAAUGAAUCAGUGUGCAAGCGGAUGUGCAACCCUGAGAUGGAACACUUCACAAGUGCAGCCGUCUGUGAAUGCACUUUCCGAUUCGAACUUUCUUUGCGUUUAGAAUCUGAUAAAUUUUUACCAGCCCUAGCAAAAAAACCCACCUCAAACAGCAGCAAAAGUUCAAAUCACCAACCGGUUCUCAUCGUCUGA